UGGCUGGAUCCACAGGAAGAAUAGCUUUUUGCUAAAUGAGUGUGCCAGUGCAGCUAAUUGAGGAGUCCAGUCAGUGCAAGAGUGGGAGGGGGGACCUCUGCUGGCAGUGAGCAGCUGAGCUCAGCUGCAUGGGAAGGCAACAGCAGUUAAAGUACCUCGUAAUUUUCGCUUGUUGGAAGAACUUGAAGAAGGGCAGAAGGGAGUAGGUGAUGGUACAGUAAGCUGGGGCCUUGAAGAUGAUGAAGAUAUGACACUCACCAGGUGGACAGGCAUGAUCAUUGGGCCACCAAGGACAAACUAUGAAAACAGAAUAUACAGUCUGAAAGUAGAGUGUGGACCUAAAUAUCCAGAAGCACCUCCUACAGUUAGAUUUGUAACUAAAAUUAAUAUGAAUGGAAUAAAUAAUUCCAAUGGAAUGGUGGAUGCACGGAGCAUACCAGUGUUAGCAAAAUGGCAAAAUUCUUAUAGCAUUAAAGUUGUACUUCAAGAGCUAAGACGUCUAAUGAUGUCCAAAGAAAAUAUGAAGCUUCCACAACCUCCAGAAGGACAAACUUACAACAAUUAAUUUUAGCUGAUCUCAAACUUCUGUCUUAAAACAACAACCUUCUACUCAUGUUAAUGUCUUGAUUAAAUCUCACAAUGCAAACACCCACACAUUAAAAGAAUUUCAGCUGGUAUACAUGACCUGGACAUUUGUAAGAAUAUAUAUAAUAUAUGUAUGCCCAAUAUGUUUUCAGGCACUAUGGGAGAAAAAGGCAGCACAAUUAUUUUUUUCUCUUACCAAGGCACUGUCAUUUAAGCAUAAGCCUGAAAUAGCCUAAAAUUGGAAUUCAGGUUUUACAAGAUGAAAGCAUGACAGGAAGUGUCAGAUUGCUGUGGAAUAAUAUAUGUUUCUGAAAAUAAUCUCUUGAGAAGGCAAAAUAUAAAUGGCAUGCUUUAUCCAUCUUGCUUAGUAAAAGAGCUGCAGUUAAAUUUUGUUUUAAAGUAGCAGGUACAGUGAAUACCGUUGCUCAUCUUGUUUAAUUUUGCAAGGGUGUGGGUACCGACUACUAGUAGUGUCACAAAGUAUGUUCAGGAUUGUUUUGAUACCUGUAUUUAUAAAAUGGGGGGAUUAAUUUCUGUUAAGCAGCUCCUGUGUGUUACAUGUAUCGGACAUGGCAAAUAUUUGUUUACAGUCUUUGUUCUAAUAAACCAUGCAUUUAAGUUUUAGUGAAACAAAGGAAAUGUAUGGAUAUGUGAUUGAGAUUAAAGUUAGUCUUAAAAUGUAAAUAAAAUGUGGAAAGUGUCUGA